AUGCCUGACGCAGCCCCGUCUGUGAUUGAGAGGUCUGAGCACAAGGCCCCUCUCCAGAAGGGCCAGGAAGUUCAAGAACAGCUAGAGGAGGAGCAGAAGAGGCAGUCUGAGCUUGAGGCACGGGCGCGUGAGACGAAGAGAAGGGAGGAAGAGAAGCGGCACAGAGACGACGAGGAAAAAGCAAAGGAGCGGCUCCGGCGCGAAGAGGAAAAUCGGAGACUCGCCGCGGCCGAAGCUCGGAAGCGCGAGGAAGAAGAACACCGACAUCGACGAAUGGAGGAGGAAGAACGGGAACGGGAACGGAAGCGGAAGGAAGAACAACGACGGCUCGAGGAAGAGGAGCGCAAAAAGCGGGAGGAAGAACGGAAGCGGGAGGAAGAACGGAAAAGGGAGGAAGAACGGAAGAGAGACGAAGAACGGAAGAGGGAGGAAGAACGGAAGCGGGAAGAGGCGGAGCGGAGGAGGAGAGAGGAGGAGGAGAGGAGACAGAAGGAGGCAGAGGAACGCAAGAGGCGGGACGAAAUUGAACGCCUGCGCCGGGAGCAGCUGGAGCGCGAAGCCGCCGAGGAGGCCAGGCGCAGGCGUGAAGAAGACGAGAAGAAGGAACAAGAACGCAAGGAGCGUGCUCUCCGCGAGGAGAUGGAGCGCAAGCGAGCAGCGAGGGAAGCCGAACGUGCCGCCAAGGAAGCCGACCAACGGCGGAUUCGUCUCGAACAGGAACGUGCCCGCCUAGCCAAGUUGCCGCCCGUCUUGCGCUGGCUUGAUGGCGUAGCCAACCCCAAGCAGGCUGAGUUUGCGGAAAAGUUCAGCACCAUCCAAGGUGUUCGGUACGAUUGCAUCAACCCGGAGGCGAACGGCACUAGCGAAGGCAGAGAACAAUGGUUGCUCAACACCCAAGUAGCCCUUCUUCUCGGGGAAAAGGACGUGGACCUCUCUCGAUAUACCGGCUGGGCUCGGAAACCCGUUUCACCCCUCGCGAAGCGUACCCUCUGGCGGCUCGAGUCCGACAGAUACGCGUUGACGACACCUGUUCUCUUUGAUCUCGGUAAACAGCUUCCAGGCUACUACCAAGAGAAGGACCCCCGCCACAUGGCCUAUCGCAUGCUCGAAACCCUCCGAGCGGAAGCGUGGGAGAAAUUUGCUACGAUGGAGAUGUUCUUUGUUAAGGCCGCAGAUUUCUUAUACAUCAUCCCUACGAUACAGCAUCUUCGCAACGUAAAGCUUACAAUGACGUACUGCGAGCUUCCGGAGAACGAACAGCAGUCCAUCAGCUGGACGCCUCGCCAGAAGUGGAAGCAUGACCCCGACGCUAAUGGUCUUCGCGGGUUUGCGCCGAGCAACAAACAUUACGUCAACGGCAAACUCGUCUCCGAAGACAAGCCGAGCCUCAGGGAGGCUAGCACAUCGCCUUUCCCGAGACAGCGGCUUCCCCGCCGCGGUCCUGUCACAGCCGCCCCGGAGGAUCCGGCCUACGCGAGGCUCCCCAAAGAACAACAGGGCCACGACGACUCGAUGGUUGAUGCUGAAUCACCGGUGCUACCUAACGGGGUGCACACAUCUCCCACGGGCGCUUCAUCCCAUGCGGCGGUUGCAAGGGUUAACGGCGUAAGACCACCGGCAUUAGUCACGACGAUAGCGACUAACGGAGUCGGAAACCACCCUAUCUCUCCGUCUUCCGAGGUGGGCCCUGCGCAGGCCCGACCGCUAGUUAAUGGCACGCACGGCACGCACGGCACGCACGGCACGCACGGCACGCAUGGCACGGUUACCAGCACCGAAUAA